AUGCGAGAAAAAGCCAUCCAGGCCUCUACUUCUCACGUAUGGCUGGGUCUCCGUUACACCUGCACCUUCAACUUCUGGUUCUGGAUAAAGAACAGAGAAGCAGGCUGUUACCAGAACUGGGCGCCUGGUCAUGGGCCACGUGGUUGCAGGAGUGUGGGCUGUCAGGAGCUAUGGAGUCCACUGGAGGGCACCGUUGGUGCUUUUGUCCUUCACUUCGAGCCAAAUAUCUCACCGGUAUCACUUCGUAAAUAUCAGAAAGAACUGGAGCGAUGCUCAGAGAUUCUGCCAUCAGAGCAACUUUUCAUUUCGUUUUGGAAUAUCAACCUGCCGAAACCCAUCGGCAGACACCGCAACUGUACUGUAGUGAUGGUGAACCGAACAGGGAGAUGGAAAAGCAUCCGAUGUGACACCACUCUGCCCUUCAUCUGUCACGGUGAUCUUAAACCAACCACUAAACCAGCAACCACAACCAGACAGAAUCCAAGUGCAUCUCUCAAAUCUAUUCCUGGAUCAGCAACAACACAGAACAGACCACUUCAAAACACAACCGAUGCGGGAUAUACAAACAGUAAGACAAUGCAAAUAAUCACAAGUGCAGAGCAAGAUAACCUGAUUCUGGUCCGUGAGAACCUGACGUGGACAGAAGCUGCGAGUUACUGCAGAAAGCACCACGUGGACCUGGUCUCCAUUCACAGCGAGGAGCUUCAGAGCAGGACGGCGAGAAAAGCCAUCCAGGCCUCUACUUCUCACGUAUGGCUGGGUCUCCGUUACACCUGCACCUUCAACUUCUGGUUCUGGAUAAAGAACAGAGAAGCAGGCUGCUACCAGAACUGGGCGCCUGGUCAUGGGCCACGUGGUUAUGAGGAGUGUGGGCUGUCAGGAGCUAUGGAGUCCACUGGAGGGCACCGUUGGGUCGGGAGACCGAGAGACAGAAAGAUUCAAUUUCAUCUGCCAAAUAUGUACUGGUGCGUUCUGACCACAAAAAGAGAAGAGACUGAAUGA